UGCGUCGUGUUCCAAUACAGUGGAUUUUCUUCACAUUCAAAGAAAUAAUCAUCUCGAGUUGCUGUUUGUUUACAUUCCUUUCCGACGUGAAUGGCCCAUAAAAAACUUGAUCUCAAUGGAACACACCACAUUCAACAAAAUGUCACAUUGUGUGGUGUAGCUCGGGUGUGUAUUUAGGCUUUUUCAGUAAGUUUUUUAGCAAUUUUCGCUAUAAAAAUGGAUAGAAUUACAAGUUUAGAAAAUGAAAUUGCUAAUUUACGAAGAACUUUGCAAGAAAAGGAGAACGAACUGUACGAAUUAAGGAAGGAAUAUACAUUGCAACAAACGAAUACUGAAGCCUUCAACCUAAACCCGCAAUCCAAUGCUAAUAAUGUUUUUAAAACAAACAUGGGUGACAAACUUACUAAAUUAGAUAUAGUGAGGUAUAGCAGACAGAUCCUACUACCAGAUAUUGGUGUAACGGGGCAAGAAAAGCUGUGCGCUGCUAAGGUUUUGGUCGUCGGUGCAGGAGGAUUAGGCUGCCCUGCUGCUAUGUACUUAGCUGGGGCAGGUGUAGGUCAGAUCGGCAUUGUAGACUACGAUAAGGUGGACCUCACAAACAUUCAUCGACAGAUUCUUCACACUGAGGCUGAUCAAAACGACAGUAAGGCAGUGUCGGCUACUAAAAGCUUGAGAAGCAUCAACUCACACAUAAAGGUGCAGCCGUACAAUGUACAGUUGGACUCGACGAACGCUCUGGAUAUCGCGUCGCGAUACGACGUCGUGCUUGACUGUACUGACAACGUGCCUACAAGAUAUUUGUUGAACGAUGCUUGUGCUAUUACCAAGCUGCCAUUAAUAUCAGGGAGCGCUCUCAAAAUGGAAGGACAACUAACAGUAUACGGAUACAGAGCUUUGAAGAACUCUAACGAAAAGGACCAAUCGUACAUAGGUCCGUGCUACCGCUGCGUGUUCCCUACUCCGCCGCCGCCCGAAACGGUUGGCAGUUGCUCGGCCAACGGAGUGGCAGGGCCUGUCCCUGGAGCCAUAGGAUGUCUACAAGCAUUGGAAGCCAUAAAAUUGAUAGUGGGGCAGACUCACGAAAAGCUACUGGUUGAGAGAAUGCUGCUCUUCGAUGGAGAGGAUAUGACUUUUAGAACUGUGAAGUUGCGCGGUCGCAACGCAAAUUGCGCCGGAUGCUCCGAGCAACCAGCGGUGUCCCAGCUGAUAGAUUACGAGGCCUUCUGCAAGUCACAGGCCACUGAGAAGAAAAAGCAAAAAUCCGGAAUACGCAAACUGGAGAAAGAGAAACGCAUGAACGGCCAAAGCUACUACGGAUUUCGAUCUGUACGCGAAUCUGAUGAUAAAAGAAAGUAUUUCCAAGAUGUACUGAAAUCUGAAAGAAAAAUCGGGCCGCCGUGUUCUUCGGAGUUUUGCUUGAAGAAGCCAAGAUGCUGUAGACAGUUGGACGAGGGAAAAAGAAAGGAGAUAUUUAAGUACUUCUGGAACGACUUAGACUGGAAAGAGAAGAAGAAUUUCGUGAGGUCCCUCGUUGAAACAGUACCUCCUAAACGAAGAAGGCCGAAACACAAAGGGGAGGUAUCAAGAAAAGUUGAUUCCAGAGUGUAUCAUCUAAAAAUAAACAGCAAAAGAAAAGUAGUUUGCAGAACUAUGUUUUUAAAUACUCUAGGAAUUAAAGAGCCUACAGUUAGAUGCUGGUUAUCCAGCGACGAUAAGCCAAAAACUCGCAAAAAACCAGUAAAAUCAUUAAACGUAGAUUCGUACAUAGACAACUUGCCGCAGCGGCCUCCAAAGUGCCAAUACUGCAGGAAUUCCGGCACUGAUAUUAAAUAUAUAAAUAUAGACUGUAUAAAAAACAAACAUCAGUUGUAUAAUCAGUAUAUAAAAGACAUGAAAAGUCAAAAUAUAAAUCCGGCGUCAAGGAAAACGUUCUCAAAAGUUAUAGGAGUGAAGAAUAUUAAGUUUUUCAAACCAAAAAAUGAGAAUGAUGUUUGUGAUUUGGUUAGCGAACAUAAUGUAUUGCCGAGUAUUAAUAAUUAUCAAACUUUAGAACCUGAUAAAGUAAUAGAUCAAAAUGAUAUUAGUUAUUAUUAUAAUCAGUGGUAAUAGGCUAGUUUAUCUUUUAAAGCCCGGUC